CCUAUAUACUAACGGGAUUGGCAACUGUCGCAAGUCUCGCGUUAUCUCGCGCAACCCUAUUCAUAUUCAAAUGAGCCUCGCGAGAUCUAAGAUGGCAUAUUUUGGAUGUAAACAAGAAGAUCGCCGAUUUUUUUUCCCAUCCAGUAUUUGCAGGUGACUACACAGACCAUGAGGAUAAAGAUUCAGCAGAGAACCAAUGCCCACCUGAGGUUCCAAGUUACCAGUGCCCAGACUGCAAGAAGAUUUUGAAAUCCAUUUCAGGAUUUCGGGGGCAUAUGACCAAACAGCACAAAAAAAGCAGAACAAAAGCAAGUGAUCAUCGAGUAACCCAGAAGGCUAAAGAAGACCACAGAUCACCUGCUGCCGCAACAUUAGUGGACUUCGAGAAGAUUUGUUCCGAGGCUAGUAAGAAAACACUUGAGAAGAUGUGCAACAAUCCAAUGUACAAGUUGUUCGGGGACAAUCGCAUGGAGGUGUUGGCUAGAUUUUGCAUUGACACAGACUUCCUGGAUGCAUUUUUCCUCAACAAGCUCAAAGACAUCUUCAGUCUCUCGUUGUGCGAUUCCAGUGAAAGGGAGCUCUUCUUCUCAAGGAUCCAUGAGUUGAGACUGUCUUCUUGUGUUCAAAGUGAAUGUGUUAAUCUAUUCAGUGAAAAGGGAUGUGAAGAAAAGAGAGAAGACAUUAUAAACUUCCUUCAGGACUAUAUUCUCGAGAUACCUAGUGAAAUUCUUGGAGGCCUUCUGAAGGAAAACAAGAAAGUGUCCGAGGAACUCUCAUAUCAGAUUUCUACCAAUGACCAAACAAUUCUGUUCUACAUAUCGGGAUUCAUUGUGGCCAACCUGAGGAAGAAGUGUUACCGAAUGUCGAAAGAAAAUCGAUCCGAGAGACUGAACCUACUUGACAAGCUGACCAGCAAGACCAGCAGUACAAACUUUGUUGCUAAGUACGACCAGUGGCUUACAAAGAACAGUCGUGGAGGCCUAGUGAGACCAGCCGAUAAAUUCUACCUUCUGGUGCGUGAACUGGAAAUCUCCAUCAGAAAGAUUGUCGAUUUCAAUGACAUUCAGUGCGAGACAUUGAACACCUGCAAGAUGAAGGAACACAUGAUGGAUUCUUUCAUGGUGAAUCAUUAUCUGAAGGAACUGUUCCACGAUUGUGUAAACAAGGACCUCUCAGCACUCUUGGAGGAUAUCGUGAGUGUAUUUCUGACUGUUCGUGGGUAUGCAGUGGCACGUGUGCUCCGCAACAAACUUAGUGUGAAACAAACCAAGCAGCCAGCCAAACAGCCAGCCAAGCAGAGUGACAGUCUGCGUCAGGUCCUAAAGCAGUGCAGUACAAACUUGUGAUUAACUGUGUUAGACAUUCAUUGUUGAUGUAUUAUAUUCUAGUGCUUGAGUAAUUUAAUAGGUGUAUUUUAGAUGUCCUAUGAUUAGUGCCAAGUACUGUGUGCAUGAAUUUUAAUUUAUUCAUUAUGCUAUUCUGUUAUUCUGAAGUACAAGUAUUUGAUAUAUAUGCUUUACCUUUCCUUAUCCUGGAUAUAGUGAUCAAUGCCAAAGAGCCAUGUUUGUGGAUAUCUAUUAUGUUGUAUUGUACCGAUGAAAUUAAUAUAUUCCUCAUCUGUUUACAUCUCAGCUAUGCUGAUUAUUGCCUUUACAAAAGACUUUAUUUGUUGUGUUAUUCAACAAUGAUAUUGAAAUUGAAACCUUGUCAAAAACCUUUAUUUAUAUUUUAUGUCAAUGACUUAUGUCUGUGAAAAUUUAUUUAUUUUUUUUUUUUCAUCUUAUAAAGUUGACCUAGUCUGAA